GAUUAAUCCUUAUAUGUGAAUCACUAGUUAGUCUUUUUCCUCCCUUGAGGAGAUAUAUAUAUUUGAAUACUUGUGCAAUCUUGUUCCAGACUUUAAUUGGAUUAUGAAGAGAUGGAGGAGAUUGUUGGAGAAGAUGGAGAACUAAAGCCGGGUAUGCAAGUAUAUUCUGAUGAUGAAGCUUAUAAUCUAUACAAUAAUUAUGCUUUGAGAAAAGGAUUUAGUAUUCGUAAAGGGCAUAUAAGAAGAGAUGCAUCAGGUAAUGUUCGAUUGAGAGAGUUUACGUGUGCGAAAGAGGGGUUUACAAGAGACCAAGAUACAUUUGAACAGAAAAGAUAUAAGAAGUUAGAGACACGAACCGGUUGCAAGGCUAUGAUUGUAUUUACUGUCGCAGAUGGAAUAUGGACAAUUUCUCAUAUCAAUUCAGAGCAUAACCAUGACCUUGCUAGGCCUGAAGAAAGACAAUUUCUAAAAUUAGGCCGAAAAGUAUUGGAGGCUCAUGGAAAUGUCAUGCUUUCUAUGUUAGGUGCUGGUAUACCGCCAACAAAAUCAUUCUUCUACCUAGCAAAUGAAAUGGGAGGUCCUGAGAAUGUUGGGUUCACUAAAAAAGAUGUUCAUAAUUUUUUACAGAGGAAGAAAAAUGAAAUGCUUGAAGCAGGGGAUGGACAGAGUUUGUUCAAUCACUUUAAGCGCAAACAAGGUGAGGAUCCUAACUUUUUCUACUCAAUGCAAUUAGACCAAUAUAGUCGAAUGACAAAUUUCUUUUGGAGAGAUAAUAGAUCAAAAUUUGAUUAUGAUUGUUUUGGUGAUGUUAUUUGCUUUGAUACCACAUUCCGUACAAACAAGUAUAAUUUGAUUUGUGCUCCUAUAGUGGGAGUCAAUCAUCAUUGGAGAAAUGUGAUGUUUGGAUGUGCCUUUUUAUUGGAUGAGACUACCGAGUCAUUUGUUUGGUUGUUUGAGUCAUUUUUGGAAUCGAUGGGAAAUAAAGCCCCAAAAACUAUUUUUACAGAUGAAGAUAAAGCAAUGGCAAAAGAAAUUGGGCAAGUUUUUCCAGGUACACAGCAUCGGUUAUGCACUUGGCAUAUUUCUAAGAAUGCUGGAAAGAGAAUUGGUAGUUACCUUGCGAAUCCUGAGUUCAAGAAACAAUUCAACAAGUGUUUGCAUGGCUGUAGUACUGAAACUGAAUUUCAAGCUUCAUGGGAUGAUAUGAUCAGUAGAUAUAAUCUUGGUGGUAAUUCAUGGCUUGAGAAGUUGUAUUCGCUCCGGGAGAAAUGGUGUCCAGUUUUUAGUUUGGACACCUUUUCAGCAAAAAUUAGAUCAACUCAAAGGAGUGAAAGUACUAACAAUGUGUUCCAUCAAAUCUCUACACACACAAUGGAGCUCAUCAAAUUUGUGCAUCACUAUGAGAAAAAAAUUGAAGAGAUGCGUUUGGCGGAGUUGGAAGAUGACUACUGAUGCAAAAAUGGCACACCUCGUCCCCAAGUGUGGAGUAGAAUGUUAAGGAGAGCAGCUAAGGUGUAUACCAUUAAAAUGUUUCAGCUAUUUGAAAUAGAGUUUGUUGGCUGUAUGGGAGUUAGACUAAAAGAAGCUUUCAAGAGGGAUGAAGUACAUUCAUAUGAAGCAAUUGAAGAUGGUAAACAAAGUGUACACAAGAUUCAGUAUAACUCUAUAUCCUUCGACAUUUCUUGUUCUUGCAAGUGUUUUGAAUCACUUGGAAUCUUGUGUCGUCAUGCUUUGAAGGUGUUUGAUAUCAAUAAUAUCACUGUUUUACCCACUCAAUAUAUAUUGAAGAGGUGGACUAGAGAAGCAAAGAAAGGGAUUGUGGUAAGCAAUAACAUUUCUGGAGGUACAAGUGAGAAUAUAAAGUCUGCUAGAUUGUUGCGCCUUAGUGAGCUAAUGCAUGAAGGAAAUAGUGUUUAUGACAUAGCUUCAUUGAGUUGUUUAGGGACUAAGAUUGUGAAGGAGCUGUUAGUAGAGGCAAUGAAGCGUCUUGAGAAAGACAAGGAAACUCAGGACAUGUUGGAAAAUUUGAACAAAGUUGGUAAUCAGUCCAAUCUUGACAUUCCAGUAAACUCAGGUCAUGUUUUAGAUCCACCAUGCGCCAAGACUAAAGGAAUGACAAAUGAAAGAAUCAAAGACAUAAGGGAGAAAAAACAACGGAAGAAUAAGCAAACAAAAGAUGCAAGCCAAGACAAUCAAGAAAACAUGAUUGAUUCUUCUUUUAUACCAAGAGCUCCACUUCAUGUGCCAGCAUUUAAUCCUCACUUUGGUGUUCCUCACACCCCAUUUCAUAAUCAGGGUAAUUUAAGUUGGACUUUUGGGAAUCCUAAUUUCUGUUUCAAUUAUGGUGUUAUGCCUUCCUCAAAUCAGGACUCCUGCAACUCUGCAAGUACUAAUAGAAGAGUAUUGUGAAAGGAAGAAGUAUACUUGAGGUUUUGGAGGUGGGUUUUGUUGGAAUAUAAAUCAUUUUAAGGUUUGGCAGGUGGCUUUAAUUGGGAUUCAAUCUGGGCAUUUCAACUCUUUGUUCGGUUUCAAUGGGAUGUUGCUUGGUUUGAUGGUUGAAUACUUGAAUUGGAAUUAGAGUUCAAUUGGCUUGUAAAGGAAUGGAGGAAACUAUUGGAGAUGAUGAAGACAUGUUUGGAACUGAUUUUGAUUGAACCUUUUUCCCAUCUGUGCUACAUGUAAUUUAAUCUCUGUGAGAUAUGGUUUGGAGAAGAUGAAAUCAAUUUUGUUGAAUCUGGUAUGGGUAUAUUGUAGUAGAAAACCAUUUUUGAAACCUAGUUUAUGAGACAUGUAGCAUCCAACAUUUCAUCUUGCAAAGGUUCUCUUACCAAACAUGUGCUGCAAGUUUGUUUUGUUAGGUUCCAUGUAACUUCCCAGAUUCUUUUUAGUUAAAUGAGUCAUUAACUCAAGAUUGCUGUAUGUAUAUUAUUACACUCAAUCAA